ACGUAUAUUUGACUCAUAAAAAAGUGUAAUUCACUGUAAAAUUCACUGUAGAGUGAAGUGUACUUAAGAAAUCAGGAGCUUUUAUAAUGAUGACAAUGACGUGUACAAAACAAUACAUACAAAUGCAAAUCACCUUGUGCCUGUAUCUGUUUGUGUCCGUACAAUGGGAUUUGUCCAAUUCCAUUGUAUAUAUAGUGAUGAAUCACAACGUAAAAUAGGCAUUACGAAAUUACCAAGUCGUGCACUACGCUAUUGCCUGUUAGUAAUUAUUGCCAUCAUAGUCGGUCAUGUAUAGGUAUUUAAUAUAAGCUAGCCGCUUUUAAACCGCCGAUAAUAUUCAUCAGUGUUAGGAACGCUGCAAUGGAGAGUUCAGCGGGGAAAACCGAUGAUAUCCUCAAGUAAAAUUUAUCCUCGGACUUGCGUCAAAACAUUCCUUGCCUAGUCACGCUGUGUUGAGAUUUUUUAGUAUUUGUUUUUUGAUAGGUCUGUGAUUUCCUUGAAUUUCGCGAUUUAUACCUGCACGCUCCGGUAUCAAGCAGUGUCUCCUGUCUAGUCAAGUAAAAUAAUAUAAUUGUCUGCUAAAAAUAAAUUUACUUGUUGAUUGUUCUUCUAUACGUUACAACUCUUACAAGAUAGUCUGUUUAAAAAAAUUUACUUGCAGUUUAUUUUCCUACGUUACAAGAUAGUCAACUAAUAAUAACAUUCCUAGCAUUUUAUGCUUCUCACACAAUAGAAUUACCUAAAUAAUAAAGACCCUGAGGCCGCGAUGCUGCUGCCGACGACAGCCCUGCUGCUCGUGCUGGUCUCACUCCACCAGCCGGCGGAUGCUGGACGACAGCGCAGACAAGCCUUCGUGUUAGGUGUCCAAAGCGCCGACUCGUGCGUCCCGCCAGAGGGCGGUCAGGGCCUCUGUGUGGAGGUGGUGCAAUGUCCGAGGAUCUUCUCAAUCCUGACUAGCCGACCUAUUCCCACAAAUCUCUUCGAUUACCUGAGGAGGAGCAUCUGCCGUAGAGAUGCUUCCGGUCGGCCGAUGUUUUGUUGUGGCAUCGCCGGUUCCGGCGGGACAGCGCCUCUGGUAGCUGGUGUAACACCGCGGCCUUCUACGGCUCCCGCAACUACUACUCCUCCUACUCAACCACCUACUCAACCUCCUACUCAGCCCCCUACUCAACCUCCUACUCAGCCCCCGACCCAACUUCCUACUCAGCUCCCAACCCAACCCCCUACUCAACCACCAACCCAACUUCCUACUGAGCCUCCCGCAACAGAGCCUACCACAAUUUUAGGUUCGAAUCCGUUUGUACUGUCAACCACGGGAGAGCCUGUCGCCACCACCACCAUCGCCGCCACUGACACAACAGCUCCAGGAAGUUCUGCGGCGGAUAAUAUCCUGCCAGGACUGGCGGAAUGCGGUAACUCGAACGUGACUCUGCCGCGCAUCGUUGGCGGGCGCAACGUCAACCAGGGCGACUGGCCCUGGGUUGCCGCGCUUGGGUACGACAACGGCCGCGGCAACGUCUCCUUCUCCUGCGGCGCCGCGCUCAUCUCGCGCCGCUACGUGCUUACCGCCGCGCACUGCGUCGAUGGACAGGCUGGACUGCGUGUGGUGCGUUUGGGAGAACACGACCUGUCCCGGACGACGGACGCUGUACACGAAGACUUCGGCAUCGAGAGCCGCACGAUGCAUGAGAAUUACGACACCAACUUCUCCAACGACAUCGCCUUGCUCAGGCUCGACAGGGACGUUGUCUUCAAGAAGCACAUCUCGCCGAUCUGCCUCCCGCGCUUCCCGAGCUUCAUUGAGCCUGCUGUGGGGGCGCAGCCUUACGUCGCUGGCUGGGGGUCCAUUCAGUACAACCAGCGGUCUUCAAACAUCCUACGUGACGUGGCCGUGCCCGUCGUGGAGCCCGCGUCGUGCGUGCAAAGCUACGCGCGAUUCCAGACCGUGCGUGUCGACGAGCGCAUCCUGUGCGCUGGCUUUGCCCAGGGCGGACGCGACGCUUGUCAGGGCGACUCCGGAGGUCCUCUGAUGUCCCCGGUAUUCAACCCAGGCGAGCAGACGAAGUACUACCUGGUCGGGGUGGUGUCUCUUGGGUUCCGCUGUGCGGAGCCUGGAUACCCCGGCAUCUACUCGAAGGUUUCCCACUUCAUGCCCUGGAUCUUGCGCAACAUUAACUAGACUCUGACAUUCCAAGUACUGAAGUACAUUCUUCAGUACAUUCUGACAUUCUAGGUACACUACUAGUAUGCCUCACUUCAUGCCCUGUAUCUUGCGCAACAUCAACUAGACCCUGACAUUUUAGGUACUGAAGUGAAGGCAUAACUAGUAUGCCUCACUUCAUACCCUUGGUUUCGCACAUCACAUCAAGAUUCUGAAAUCAUCUUCAUUGAACUAAAUACAUGACAAUAAUGUGCACUUCUUCAUAGCCUGGAUCUUGCGAUAAGCAACUAGGAUCUAACAUUCAACGUACUGAAGUGAAGACAUUUCACUCGUAUGCACCACUUCAUGCCGUGGAUUUCGAGCAACAUCCACUCGUUUGUGAAAUUAUCUGUUUUGAAUUGAAGGCUUAACCCAUGUAUGCAACAUUUCAAACCGUGGAUUUUGCGCAAAAUCCAUCUGUUUCUGAAAUUAUGUGCUCUGAACUAUAGGCAUAUCUCUGGUAUGAACCACUUUAUGCUGUAGAUUUAGCGCAAAAUCAACUAUAUUAUGAAGUUUUCUGCAUUGAACUGAAGGCAUGAAUCUUGCAACCAAUCCUUCGUGCCGUGGAUCAUUAGCAAUCUCGAGUAAAUUUCAACACUUUUGUUGAAGAGUUGUAAGCGAUUUCUAUUCUGCCUCUUAUCAUGUACUGGAUUAUAGCAAUCUCAACUAGGAAAGCUUCACCUCGUGCGGCCGCAAGCUCCGGUGUAUUUCCGGCAAUAUGUGAAUAAAAUGUAUUCAAAAUUAUGUUGGAACAAAGGAAUUUUUUAUCAUUGAACUGUAAACGGUCUGGUAAUAUUACCACUUGAAUUUCCAUAAGAGUUUUUUCUAUUUUCUUGAUGCAACAAUAGAACCCCUUAUCUCAGUAAUUUGAAAUGAACGGUCGCAGGUUAGCGCAUCUGCCAAAAGUUUGAAACACUAUUGGUCUGUAUAUUUAGUAUAAGAGGAAUCAAUAAUUGAUGUUUGAGAUGUGUGAUGAAGGGGAUGUUCCUGUCUCUUUAGUGCUGGUAUAAUUUUCACUGCUUGGCAUAAAAGUAGACGUACGUUACGUUAAACUAUGCGGUUUGGCAUUAAAAUUGCAUGAUAAACUGAACACCUAAAUGUUUUUUUUAAUUAAAUAGUUAUUGCAUUUUAUUUGAGGACAUUUAUAAGGACGCUUCUAGUGACUUCAAAUUGUCUUUCACUAAAAAAUGUGUUUUUUUUUUGCUUCGGUGACGGCCAAUUUUGAAUGUAUUGUUUAUCCUCGGGCAUUAUGGAAUGAUAUUUUAUAACGGAACAAGAUUGUCAUUUCUAAGAAAGUAACAUUGCAAUAGCUUUCUUGAAAUGCGGUUACAGUGUUUUUGUUGCUACUACGAUAUAAUCGAUGUAUGUAUUUAGAGUAAACUUUUAAAUGUCAUUCACGAUGUCGUUUUAAGAUGACGUGAGCCACGACGUUUUGCGCAAUAUUGCCAUAUUAAUCUGCUGACGUAUGUAUUCCACUGUACUCCGUAAUCGAAAUUUUCAUAGCAUUUUUAUCUUCAGUUAUUGCAAAUUAGAAAUAUUCCUUGCAUUUAGUGCAUGGUUGUUAUUGUUAUAAAUUACUCAUGACCUUAUUUUGUCGCUUGUUUUCAUUACCUAUUUCAUUAGUUAUGUGACGUUACUUCGCAUUGUUCAACGAAUCAGUGCUAAAUAUUUGUGAACUCUAUAAAUAAACUAUAUAUCUAAAA